AUGGAGGUGAAAAAUUACAAUGGAUGGCGAUUCUGUCCCAGAUGCAAGAAUCUACUCAAACCAUUUCAUGAUGGGGCAGAUACUGAGAUAUUACAAUUCAAAUGUAGAAAUCAGGAUUGUGGAGACAAUGGAAUCAUUGAAGUCAAAAUUGAUAAGACAUUAAAUAAAGAUGCUCUUUUGCUCAAAAAGGAUUAUCAAGCAGCUAAAGCAAUUGAUAUCACUGAUAAUACUCUUAUUCUUGAUCCAUCAAUGCCAAGAAAAAGGGUAAUUUGCAACAAGUAAUAAAUCUUGUGUAUUCAGAUGCAAUUAUGACGAGGCAAUCUAUUUUCUCAAAACAGAUAAAAAUGAAAAGGAAAUAAUUAUUCAAUAUAUUUGUGCCAAUAAAACUCCAAUCUGUGGAAAUAAGUGGACGUAAAAUAAUUUAAUUUAUUUUUAGUUAAAAAGAAAUGAAUGAACCCAAAUUAACUUUAUAAUGA